AUGUUAGACAAUAAAGCCGACAAAAAUCAUACACAUAAAUCCUUCACUACUGUUAGAGCAGACGACAUAAUAUUGAACUAUGAUUUGGGUUCAAGUGCACCUUUAGAGAAUCCAAGCACUAGUGUAAAAGAUACUCUUAACAAUUUAGAUAAGAGUUGCAGGAAUAUCGAAGAUCAUGCCAGAAACUUUGAAGCAUAUGAACUACCAGCAAUGUUAGAUAAGAAAGCAGACAAAACAGAGCUUCAAACAUUAAAGACUGAAAUACUUCAAACAUUAUAUCCUAUAGGCUCUAUUUAUACGUCAAUGAACUCAACAAAUCCAGCAAGUGUUUUAGGUUUUGGUACAUGGCAGCAGAUUGUAGACAAAUUCUUAUACUGUGCUAACUCUUCAAAGCAAACAGGAGGUUCGAAGAAAAUUACUGAAGCAAACCUUCCACCGCAC